UUCAACACCCAAAUAUCUUCAACUCAAAAUAGUUAAUAAUCAUCAAUAUGGAAUCACAUUUCCAACUGGUUCUCAUCCUUCAACUUCUCUUUUUCAUUGGUGGAGAUUGUGCAGUUUUCACAUUGAAAAACAAUUGUAAUGUGACAAUAUGGCCAGGAAGUUUAUCAGGAGCAGGUCAUCCCUUUCUAAUUAAUGGAGGUUUGGAAUUGCAACCAUAUGAGACUACAGAAAUCAACGCACCUACUGGUUGGUCAGGUCGCUUCUGGGCACGAACCCACUGCCAAUUUGACACCUCAGGUAAAGGGACAUGUGCCACAGCAGACUGCGGCGGAGUACUCCAAUGCAAUGGUGCUGGUGGCACUCCACCAGCCUCACUAGCAGAGUUCACACUUGAUAGUCCAAUGGAUUUCUAUGAUGUUAGCUUUGUUGAUGGUUUCAAUAUUCCAAUAUCAGUUUACCCUUCAGGUGGAUCUGGAAAUUGUUCAAAUAUACAAUGUUCUUCAGACAUAAACUUACAAUGUCCUCAAGAAUUACAAGUGAAAACAUAUGAUGGUACAACUGUUGCAUGUAAAAGUGCAUGCUUUGCUUUUAAUAAACCAGAGUAUUGUUGCACUGGGGAAUUCAACAAUCCCAGCACAUGUAAGCCUACAGAGUACUCACAAUAUUUCAAGAAUAGUUGUAGAGAUGCUUAUAGUUAUGCUUAUGAUGAUGCAACUAGUAUUUUUACAUGUAAGGGGGCUAAUUAUUUGAUCUCAUUUUGUUGAAAUAUACAAAUGUCAAGUUCGGGGGCUAUUUUGUUUAUGUAUUUAUUGCACAAGUUUAAUGAAAAGUUUGUGGAUUCAAGAAAUACCUUAUUGA